AUAAUAUUAGAAAAUGAAGCUCUUGAUCUUAUCAAUUCUUUUUGUGACGCUUGCUGUUACUACACCACUGACCUCUCUGCAGUAUAAAACUAAAUAUGGUUCGGUCAUUCAAGGAGAUGAGCCAUACACCAAGGCUAUUGCCUACAAGAUGUAUGGAGAUUUCUUGGAUACUUAUGAAGACCUGACUAUGAAUAAAGGAGACUCUUAUGACAGAUUUGAAAUUUUCAAUGACAACAUGAAAAAAGUUAUUGCUCAUAACAAAGAUACUACGAAGACUUGGAAAAUGGGAGUCAAUAAGUUCCAGGAUAUGACAGAUGAAGAAUUCAAAAUCUACUUCUCAUUAGAUAUCACUAGUGAUGAUGAGAAAUGCUCUGCAACUGCCUCACCAAGGAUUAAUUAUAAUGGAGAUACUGAUGAAAACUUCAGCUGGAGAGAAAUCAGAAUGCCCCAUAGUGCUAAAGUUGUUACUCCUGUCAAGGAUCAAGGACACUGUGGAAGCUGCUGGGCUUUCUCAACUAUUGGUGCAAUGGAAUCUCAUUUCCUCAUUACUACUACUAAGUACGCUAUAAUGUCAGAGCAACAGCUUGUUGAUUGUGCAGGAGAUUUUGAUAACCAUGGAUGCAAUGGUGGACUUCCAGAAAACGCUUUUAGAUAUAUCAGUGAAAACGGUCUUACCUUUGAAGGAACUUAUCCAUAUGUCGGGCAAGAUCAGAAAUGCAAAUACGACCCAUUGUAUAAAAGAAUUACUGCUAAGGGACCUUUCGUCAUUGAGGAAGGCAAUGAAGAGCAAUUAGUCGAAUCUAUCAGACAUGCGGGACCUGUUUCUGUUGCUUACCAAGUUGUUGAUGAUUUCAGAUUCUAUGAAUCUGGAGUUUACUCUUCAAACGACUGCGAAAAUACUAAAUCAGACGUAAAUCAUGCUGUUUUGGCCACUGGAUAUGGUGUUGAAACUGGGCUUAAAUACUACGAAAUCAAAAAUUCUUGGGGAUCAGACUGGGGAGAUGAAGGAUUCUUCAAGAUUGAAAGAGAUCAGAACAUGUGCGGUAUUGCUGUGUGCAACUCAUAUCCUCUCGGAGUUUCAAGUGUUUAUGGAAAAUCUGGAGAGUUGAUUAAAAAUUAA